AUGUUCAUCAUCAACUGGUUCUGGGAUGUUCUCGCGCAGCUCGGUCUGCUGCACAAGAAUGCAAAAAUCCUCUUUCUUGGUCUCGACAACGCCGGGAAGACAACUCUACUUCACAUGCUGAAGAACGACCGGCUUGCAACCCUGCAGCCUACGCUGCACCCCACAUCCGAGGAGCUUGCUAUUGGCAACGUGAAGUUCACGACGUAUGACUUGGGUGGUCACCAGCAAGCUCGUCGGCUCUGGCGUGACUACUUCCCCGAGGUCGACGGCAUUAUCUUCCUCGUUGACAGUGCUGACUUCGAGCGGUUCGCGGAGUCGAAGGCCGAGCUCGACGCCCUGCUCUCCAUUGAGGAGCUAUCCAAGGUUCCUUUCCUCAUUCUUGGUAACAAGAUCGACGCGCCUGGCGCUGUGAGUGAAGAGGAGCUGAGGCAUCACUUGGGUCUCUACCAGACCACCGGCAAGGGCAAGGUCCCUCUCAACGAUAUCCGCCCUAUCGAGAUAUUCAUGUGCUCAGUCGUGCAAAGGCAGGGGUACGGGGAGGGUUUCCGAUGGCUCUCGCAAUACGUAUGUGUCAUUUCCCGUAUUUGCCUUGCUUAG